AUGUCAAGUCGUUUCACUGUGAAGUCAUCGGGGAUCGAACGCUCGGUCUAUCCACUCUAUUCUCGUUUUGAUUACCCAUCCUAUUCUGCACACCAAGUUGUAUGGUUCGCAUUCAUUAUCGCGGUUGUUGAGUUCUGCCUGCUAGACGAUAACGCCAUGUAUGAAGUGAACCGCGCUUUUCUGGAUCCAUAUGAAACCUCCUCUCCAACAUUGAGCUCACCGACCCUCUCUAGCACUGAAUCCUUGAAUUCCCUCUACAUGUUCAACACUGCGCAUGAUCUCAGUGACACUGGUUACAAGUGCGGUGUAAGCAGUAUCAGCCCCACCUCCAAUGCGGAAAGAGUGAUAGAGGGAGCCGAGCCAUUGAAUGUCAAGACUGCCAGAAGUAUUGCACUCGCCGUUCUCUCACGCAUCGCACGUCUCCUUAGCAUCACUUUGAACGAACUUCUUACUGCUCUCUUGCCUUUAUCGUCGUCCUCGUUUGGGAUGUUACAGUCAAGUCUGCGUUGUGAGUGGCUAGUGGAGUGGGGUCGAAUGAUCCACGGUAAUAUCAUUCGAACAGACGCAAACGGUUUUGUUGAGGGCAUUCCUGUUGGCCGUGUAGUGAAAUCCUCAGCUCUGGCCUAUCUGCGUGCUCUCGCUGACUGGCCUACGAAGGCCAAUCGUGUGCAACUGCUGGAGGAGUCGGGUGCUCUCAUGGUCGACUUCCUUACCACCGCCUCGACCGGGUUUUUCAUUCUGCAAUCACAGCAGUCCGGUAAAACUCUUCAUUUUAUGCGUUUGGUGGAGCUCAUUCUGUGCGGAUUCAAUCACUCUUGUCCUGCGCAUCUCGCCGCCUCUCGUUUACCAAAGGACCCCAAUGCGGUAAAUGAACAUGCUGGUUCAGAGCGCGACCAAUUCGCACCAGUUGACACCACGAUCCCCUUCAUUGAUGAAUCGUAUUUGAAUAUCACUGCGAUUCCUUGUGACUCGCCACUCGCUGGAAACUGUCAUCUGUCAUCUGUACUUGAGCAGUCCCCAUCGAACAUCUCUGGGGUAUGUAUCAUUGAUGCGGUUGUAGAAACCGGUGUAUUCAGCUCUAGUGGCACCCCCACGCAAAUUCUCCCGCCAUCGAUGCUUUGCGGCUAUUUCAACGGCGCUGCCACCGCAAUGGCUAUUCAGCUGGCUCUUCUCCUUCUCCCCUCUGAACUGCGCUUCCAAAUUCAACUAUUCGUGGAGCAAGCGCAGAAGGUUACAGCCAACGCGGCUCGCCACAUCAGACCUGAGAAGACGUUACAUUAUGUACAACCUGACACCUUAGCCAAGUGGUUCGCGCCUAGAUUUUUUGGCUUCUCAACCAAUGCCUCCAAGUCUUCAGGUCACAAUCUGCUGGAGUACAUCCUCUCCUUUCCCCAAGCUCUCCAGCUACUUAAACCGCCGUCCUACCUGGAUCUAGGGCUCCGAGAGUGGGACGAUUGUUUCCUGGAGGAUUUUGAGCUAUAUCGUUCACCGUCUGGCCUAGUGAAAGUGGUGGAUCGACGCCCCAGCUUUGGUAGCGCUUCCAGUCCCCCGACUGCCUCUACGAAACCGCUUGGUCUGGAACAAGUCCUUGCUUUGGGGAACAUGCGACAUCUCAUUCUUGCGCUGAACUACUUCAUUGACAAUAAGAGCAUGGAUCCUAAAACCAAGAUGCGCUACAUCAAGCAGUUCGAAGUGACACACCCCGACGUGUUCUGGUUGCGCUUUGGUGACUCACAGACUGCGCACAAUUACUACGCUCAUCUCCGCCGCCGCAUUGACCAAUUACGAGACUGUCACUGGCGUGGUCAAUCACGUGCUAGGCUGAUUGGCCGGCUCGGUGAAAUCUUCAAGCUUCGCGGUCACUUGCUCACCAAAAAACCAUCCCUCAAACUCUGA